GGGGGGACAGGACGUACAGCCCAGAUAAGACUUCUGGGGAACAAUAGGAGGAAUUGAAGAGGGGAGAUCCACCCUCACUGUACCCCACCCCCAGGGCUUUGGGGUCAGGGACUGGGGACCAGAGGGUGAUAGGGAGGGGUGCUAAGGAUUCUUGUGAAUGGAGGAGGGGAUGGGGCAAAUAAACAGGAUUCUGGAGCUUUGUAUCUCUUUAGGGACCACAGGGGUACAUGAGGUGGGCGGGUGACCCUUUUGUACUUGAUUUAAGCACAAAUGUGUUGUUAAGCGCCUCCUUUAUAAAUAGCGUGGGAAUAUAAUGAGUAGCAUUUCAGUGUUUUUGGUUUCUGAGAAAUAAAAUCAAAAUCCCCUAUCAGUUCAGUAUUCCCCCUGAGCCCCUGAACUGGGAAUUUAGUCCCAGUCACUCCCAGUAGAGGUGUGGAGUGGCGGUUCUCUGUCCAUCCUUAUCCAAUACAUGCAGCUGCUUCCCACCUAGGUAGCUGGUGAAACCGCUGAUGCCAGUGGAGCCCUUUACACUUUCUGGGCACAAGCUGUGCCCCAUGAGGAUCUGGGUCUGGGGGGAGGAGGGGAGGUUGGAACCCCUCUGAACUCUCUCCCGUCCUGGGGAAUGCGGCAGCCCCGGGAAUGAUCAUUAACCCUAUAGGAGUCAGGGUCUGUCUCUGCCCAAGGUGCAGAAUCGGAAAGGAGAGAGGAGGUGGAAGUCAAGCCUUAGAAGUGGUAAGUAGUAGGUGUUGGGGCGCGCCUGUGGGUUGGCCUGUCUCUCUGGCUCCUACGCCCUUCCAAAGUGCCCCCCACCCCCCAGCCCCAGUAGCAGACUCCAAAGAGAGCAAUCUGGCCAAGGAUGUCUGAGGAAACGCCUAACUUAGAGACACCCCCUUCCCCAAGGUACAGCUGUCUCUUGACUGUAGAAGGUCCCCAAGAGAGGGCACCCUCCAGGACGGGAUUGGACUCUGCUUCACGGAGGCGGGACUCAGGGCCAGCCGGUUGGAGGGGUAUUUAAGACUGGGUGGAGUUGGAGGUGGCCGAGGGCAAAAUGAGUGGGCUACGGAGCACCAGGACCUGCCCAGGCCUGGGAGAGGCCUCUGACCUUAAGUACCCCCUGGGCUCCAAGUUCAGGGAACCUCUUACCCAGGCCCGGUUCCAGCAGCUCUUCGGGGACGCAGAGCAGGAUUCGGAGCUGCGCGCAGAGCCUCGCUGGUCCCGGCUGCGCCGGCAGUGGAGGCGGCGGCGGGCCAGCGCCUGUUCCGGACCGGGGGCGUGGCGCCUGCUGCUGGCGCGGCUGCCCCCGCUGCGGUGGCUGCCCCACUACCGCUGGCGGGCUUGGCUGCUCGGGGAUGCGGUGGCCGGAGUGACCGUGGGCAUUGUGCACGUACCCCAGGGCAUGGCUUUUGCCCUCCUGACCUCUGUGCCCCCAGUGUUCGGGCUCUACACUUCUUUCUUCCCCGUCCUCAUCUACACCUUGUUGGGUACUGGGAGACACCUGUCUACAGGAACUUUCGCUGUGCUCAGUCUCAUGACAGGCUCUGCCGUGGAGCGGCUGGUGCCCGAACCUCUCGAGAGGAACCUGAGUGCAAUUGAGAGGGAACAGUUGGAUGCUCAGCGGGUUGGUGCGGCUGCCGCCAUGGCCUUCGGGAGCGGGGCACUAAUGCUGGGGAUGUUCGCGCUGCAGCUCGGCGUCCUGGCCACCUUUUUGUCGGAGCCUGUGGUCAAAGCGCUGACCAGCGGAGCUGCCCUGCACGUGCUCGUGUCCCAGCUGCCUAGCCUAUUGGGGUUGCCGCUCCCGCGUCAGAUCGGCUGCUUCGCUCUCUUCAAGACGCUGGCCGCUGUACUGACGGAGCUGCCCCGGAGCAGCCCCGCCGAACUGACCAUCUCCGCACUCAGUCUGGCGCUGCUCGUGCCAGUCAAGGAAUUGAACGUGAGAUUCCGGGACAGGCUACCCACCCCGAUCCCAGGGGAAAUCGUCAUGGUGCUUCUGGCCUCCGUGCUCUGCUUCACCUCUUCCCUGGACACAAGAUACAAUGUCCAGAUAGUGGGAUUGCUGCCUGGAGGAUUUCCCCAACCUCUCCUCCCCAGCCUGGCUGAGCUGCCCAGGAUUCUGGUUGACUCGCUUCCCAUGGCAAUGGUUACCUUUGCAGUGUCUGCCUCCCUGGCCUCCAUCUAUGCAGACAAGUACAGCUACACGAUUGACUCCAACCAGGAGCUCUUGGCCCAUGGUGUCUCCAACCUCAUCUCCUCCUUCUUCUCUUGCUUUCCCAACUCGGCCACCUUGGCCACGACCAGCCUACUAGUGGAUGCCGGUGGGAACACACAGCUGGCAGGCCUCUUCUCCUGCAUGGUUGUCCUGUCUGUGCUGCUGUGGCUGGGGCCCUUCUUCUAUUAUCUGCCCAAGGCUGUCUUGGCCUGCAUCAACAUCUCCAGCAUGCGCCAGAUGUUCUUCCAGAUGCGGGAACUCCCACAACUAUGGCGCAUCAGCCGCGUGGACUUUCUCCUCCAGGUCCCGGGGCUCCUCGUCCUGAGCUAUCCAACACCGCUCUACUUUGGGACCCGUGGGCAGUUUCGCCGUAUCCUGGAGUGGCAUCUGAGGCUUGGAGAAGGCGGCCAGGAGGCUCCAAAGACAGAUGACCCACCUGAUGCAGUUGCUGAGCCUGUCAGAGUGGUGGUCCUAGACUGCAGUGGUGUUCCCUUUGUAGAUGCUGCAGGGGCUAGAGACGUGGUUCAGGUGAGGAAGAGGCUAGCCAGCCGGUGCCGAGAUGCUGGAAUCCACCUGCUUCUGGCUCAGUGUAACAGCUUCAGUGCUGGGACACUGACCCAGGCAGGACUCCUGGACAGAGUGUCCCCAGAACAACUGUUUGUGAGUGUCCAGGAUGCAGCUGCAUAUGCCCUGGAGACACUGGUGAGGGGCGAUAGCUACAGGAGUGGAAGCCAGGAGAGGUGCUGAGCUAUGCCAAGGGAGAGGUGUCAGUGGCUGAAGAUACAGGCAGUGGGAUUUGGGGAGGGGGCUGAGGAGGAGGAUGAAGGAAGGGGGUGGGCAUGAAAUAAUUAGCUGACAUAGUAAGCCAGGGAGACUGGGCCCAGCCGAGGGUGAGGAACUGAGGAACUAAGGUCCCAAAGCAGGUGGUGUGCCCCUCAGAGGACUGCCAAGUCUUGGGUGAGGAAGGGGGGCACCUAAACUGUUUCUGACAUGUCCCUUCCCUUUUCUAGGAGCUCAGUGGUCCAAAGACUUGCACAGUGUGGGUCUGACCUGGUCGCUUGGAGUGGAAGGGCCCCAACAAUAUGUAUGUGAGGAGGGCCAUGGCCCAUAAGCCCCCUUACUUAGUUUCCUAAUAAAGUGAAGCUGGAAAAAAUGAA